AUGUAGAGAGGAGCCGGGACGAGAGACAGAACAGAAGAGAGCUGUCAAGCUGCGAGGAGGCAGCGGAGAGACGACUUAGUUUUUUCUUGGAAUACAUUUUCCCUCCAUCUCUGAAGCCCACACACUCACUCAAAAAAUAUAAACACACAAACACACAGAUGGUAAAGUCUGUAUGUGAGUGCUACUGUUGGAAGCGGUGAAUUAUCUUCAGGAUCUGGACUUAUUCAAGACUGUUUGGAUUCAGCAUCUUUGUGACUUAGACUUUUUUUAACAGUGCAACACUUUGGACUAAGAGUGUGUAGCCCCCUGUGAGAUUUUGACUGACACUGUGGUGGCACUUGUUACUCUAGUUGCCUCAAUUUGUAAGAUUAGACUCGCACUUGGACUCUGUGUGUGUGUGAGGAGGAGGAUGUGUUGGCCGGUGACAGCGGUCCUGCUAGCCCACCUCGGGGUUUCCUUAACGGGGGCAUGGAGAGCAUCUCAACCAAGACUGCAGUUCACACACUCCGAGCUGAUCCAGAACGGCCGCCUGCUGACGCUGCCCCUGGUGGCCGGAGACCUGCACUCCCUGCUGCCUGACGAAGACAGGAGGCGUCUGUACGUGGCCAUGAAAGAUAACCUGCUGUCUACCAGUCUGGACGACAUAACGCAGAACCCACGCAAGCUGUACUGGCCAGCCAGUCCAGACCGUGUCCAAGAAUGUCUCAUGGCUGGGAAGGAUCCAGAGUUGGAGUGUGCUAACUUCCCGCGAGUUCUGCAGCCUUUUAAUCAGACUCACCUGUACGUCUGUGGCACCGGAGCCUUCAACCCCCGCUGUGCUUUCAUAGCUACCAGCAUCUUCCAACAGUCGGAGCACCAGACUCUCUCCUACAGCCAGACAGAGUGUGGGAAAGGGAAAUGUCCCUACGAUCCGUUCCAGAAAACAGCUUCCGCUGUCGUUGAUGGAGAGCUGUAUGCUGGGAUCACCUCAGACUUCAUGAGCCGGGACUCCGCCUUCUUCCGCAGUCUUGGCAGCCGUCACGUCAUCCGCACUGAGCAGUACGACUCCACCUGGCUGCAGGAUGCCCAGUUUGUGCGGGUAGCGCCGCUGUCUGAAACUGAUAACCCAGAAGAUGAUAAGGUCUACGUGUUCUUCACUGAGCGCGCUCAGGAGGCAGAAGGGGCUGCUGGGAAGGUGCUCUACUCCAGAGUCGCACGUGUUUGCAAGAACGACAUCGGAGGCCAGAGGAGUUUAGUCAAUAAGUGGAGUACCUUCCAGAAGGCUCGUAUGGUGUGUUCAGUCCCGGGACCAGACGGACUGCAGACGCACUUCGACCAGCUGCAAGACAUCUUUAUCCUGCAGGCGAAAGACAAGAAGAACCCUCUCAUCUACGGCCUGUUUACCACCUCGAGUGAUAUCCUGAACGGUUCAGCAGUGUGCGUUUACCGAAUGGAGGAUGUGGUUCGGGCUUUUAAGGGAAACUUCCUUCAUAAAGAGGGACCUCAGUAUAAGUGGGCAGAAUUUACAGGCAAGGUGCCCUACCCGCGACCAGGAACUUGUCCCAGCACCACGUAUGGGAGUUACAGCUCGACCAGAGAGUAUCCUGACGACGUCAUCUUCUUCAGCAGGACUCACCCGCUGCUGCAGGAAAAUGUGCUGCCACUGGGAGAGCGCCCCCUCCUGGUCAGAGUGGGUGUACACUACAAAUUCAGCAAACUGCUGGUAGACAGAGUGGAGGCCGUGGACGGUACCUACGACGUCUUGUUCAUCGGCACAGACUCAGGCCUCGUGCUGAAGGCCAUCCAUCUGCCCAGAGAACACGGUCAGAGUCAGGAGGUCACUCUGGAGCAGCUGCAGGUCUUUCAGCACAAAUCACCUGUGACAGCCAUGACACUCUCAAAGAAAAAGUGGUUGUUUGUGGGCUCCAGGGAGGGUGUGUCCCAGCUGGCCCUGUACCAGUGUGAGCUGUACGGUCAGGCCUGUGCUGAGUGCUGCUUGGCCAGAGAUCCCUACUGCACCUGGGACGGACACGCCUGCAGCCCCUACAUGCCCACCGUACGCAGAAGGAACGCUCGUCACUUAGGGGAGGAUGAGGAUCCGUUAACGCAGUGUGUCAGACAGGGAGCCGGGCUGCAGGUGGAGGCGGAGCAGAGGAUAAUGAUGGUUGCCGAGGGCAACAGCACCUACCUUGAGUGUCUGCCCCGAUCCAGACACGCUGCUGUUACCUGGUACAAACAGGCCGGAGAGAACAGUCCUGAACUAAACCAGGUGGUCACAGGUGACCAGCUGGUGGUGAUCGAGCGGGGCGUCCUGAUUCGUCAAGCUGAGCUGUCUCACGGCGGCGUCUACCACUGCCAGGUGGAGGAGCACGGCUACCACUGGACCGCCGUCACCGUCCGCCUCGCCGUCUGGAGCCCCUCGGCCAAUCGCCUCCUCGCUUCCUGGUCCGCCGCGUCCUAUCAGGGCGCGGGCACCCAACCCUGGUACGAGGACGUGAUGGCGCUGAUUCACCCCGGAAACCUCGGCCAGCACUGCCGGGCGCUGGGAUACCGCCCGCCACGCAACCACCGUCGCCACGGUGGCAUCGUGGUGGAGCCGAACAAGGAGAAAGAGAAGGGGGAGAGGCACAAGCAUGGAGGAGGAAGAGGAGGAGGAGGAGGAGGAGGAGGGGGAGGAAGGGCAGCGGGGAGGAAGAGCAGGAGCAAGCCGCAGCAGAGGGCACCGAGGAGCGCUUGAAUGUUUCGCGGAACAGGAGGGCAGAUUUACAGUGACUUAAACACAGACACAUCCAUUUAUAUUAACGUCACACACAAACACGCACACACACUUAACUUAUACACUGAGACACACACAUACUGUAUGUACAGAGACUAUGACAUGCGCAUGCACUUAUCUACAAACAAAAAAAGGCAUCCUUUCAUUAUAGUGACAAACUUUUAAACUAAGCUACACACAAACAAACUGAAGUAUGUACAGGAGGACGUGAAAGACUGUUGCGCCCGGACAAAAGACUUGUGAAUACAAAGGAAAAAGUAGAAUAAAUUAGGGGGGCUGCGUAGCAUCUUGAAUGAAGAACGAACGGCGUGUCCAGAUCACUCAGUUUGACUGACUCUGUGUCGUGACAAGGACAUGGGCGGGGAUGUUUUGGAUCCAGACAUAGAUACUCAGCUUUUAAAAAAAUCAUCCAACCCUUCUAAAAUUAGUGCAGCCUUAAAGGACCGUACUAGUGGUUUUGCAUGUUUUUGCUCAUUGAUUAUAAUUCACAUACACACUAACAAUGCUGCUCCAAAGCAGAACAGAUGUGUUUAGAUAGAUUUCGUACCUUCCAGGCAGACACUGGUUUGCAUUAAAUUCAGUUUGCUUUGAAAACCGUCUUUACAGAAACAUGCAAAAUGCUUCAGAUUUUAAAAAAAAUGUCAAAGUCAUGUUGCAUUUUCCAAACUUGACUGUGUUGCGUUCAAGGACACUCCAUCCUUGGCCUUCAUACUGUAGAAUUGAGGGUCAACUGCUCAUAAGAUUUUGAUUGACAAGCUGUGUCAUUGGAAAGUGAAAGCAAGAAGACAAAACAAGCAAGCAUGGCUUCUGUUCACCAUCGAAUGUCAGAUGUUAGAGCAUCUUUGAACACAUCAACAGAGAUUGUUCUUACAGCCCAGUCGCACAGCAGUUUCAGAAAUAGUCAUGAAAUUGAAUGUAUUGAUUCUUGUACAUAGACACGAAUUUCACCUUUUUUUCGUGAUGGUCAGCACAAAAUUUGUGUG